AUGGCGGUCUGGGCCGGUACCUAUUUCUGGGUUGUAACGGUAGCCAUUGGGGUGGUCGAUGUCCUUGCGCUCAACAAGCCGCGGCGCCCUUUCGAGGUUUGGUGGGAUUCCAUGCACAGCUAUGCCCUGGACCACAAAAAGAGAGAGGCUGCGACGUGCAUUAGGCAGAGACUUUUCCUAACACUUUCCACGACAAGCCGAAGCGAAUACGUUGACAUUGCCGUCGCUGAGUUCGUGGCAGUGAUGCGCUACUACUCCUCCGGAGAAGUCAGACCAUUCCUAUCCCUCUCGUCCCCAGCGAAGUCAGCCUGGCUAGUGCAGGAACCGCAUCUUUUCUUGGAGAGAGCCAAACAAAAUGUGUCUUUGCAGCCUUGGUUGCCGCAUGCUUCAGCAUAUCUGGACUCCCCGGGAACUGCGCCUUCCCCCUUGGACGAGGAGGAGAAGACCCUCUUGUCCAUGCUUCUGCAUUACUUUGCUUGGGAUGGGUGGUCCCAGGACUUUUCGCAGACCCGUCUGAGUGAGCUAGGCCUGUUGCUUGAGCCGCCAACAAAUGCCGUGGCAGCUGUGCCUGAUGCUGCCGGUCAGAGAACAGUCAAGGCAGAGCAAGCAGGAGUGCCAGUGAAGCGAGAGCGAUCUGUAGCCAGUGCAGUGAAGGCAGAGCAGGCAGGAGUGCCAGUGAAGCGAGAGCAAUCCGUGGCCGGUGUAAGUGCACCUGCCAAGAAGCCCAAAGUCUCGAUGGGAUCCCUCAGCAGCUGCCGUGAGCUUGACAAGCUGCUGGCCAAGGAUCAGCCCGAGCAGCCCCUCAGCAGGAACAUGCUUAACUUCGUGCAAGUACUCCGAGGUAUCCUAGGAGCUGGCUACUCCACCAUGGGAGACAGCUGGAUUGGCAAGAUCGCGGUCGUCAACUGUGGCGAGGAGGCUUUCUCGCGAUGCUUGAAAGAGCAGUUCCAGGCAACGUGCCUGCUAGGGCUUCUCGAGAGUAGCUCGCACUGGGCUUUGCUUGCUGUGGACAAUCGCAAGAGAGAUGCUCCGGUAGCUUGUGUUUACAGCGGGAUCACCGAUUCUGUUUGCGAAGACCAUGCCCUCAGCUUCAUCACGCAUUUGGUUGAGUUCGAUUGGCUAGAUCGAGAAGCUUCUUUGAAGCGAGCGGCCGUGCCUCCUCAGGGUGACGGCUGGAGCUGUGGGCACCGCUGCAUCCUGGCUGCGGAUGCUGUCUUUUGCUCGUUGUUCAAGGACGAGCCUUUGCCCUGCUCGUUGCACGAGUCGCACAUCAGCAGCAAGCUCAUUGACGCACUGGUGGGUGUAAGGAAGCAUCCGAAGAGAGACCCAGGGCAUAGCAGCACGGCUGGGGCGGCUAGGGCAACAUCAGCAGCCGAGAGUGCUGCUCCAGAGGAGGCUCCUCCUGCUCCCAGUACUCCACCCCGGAAGCGAAAGCCCAACUUCGAUGCAGCAUCCCCGGCAGCUGACUCACAGGCCAGCACCCCCAGACCUCUGGUUUCUCGCUCUACUGGUUCCAAGGCAGGUCCAUCGGGCACCAAAGAGAAGCCUAAGAAGCUCAAGAAGGACGAGAAGGCACGGCUGGCGGAAGGCACGGAGAUGGCCAAGGCUGCUGGUCUCACGCACAGCAAAUUUCAGAAGGAGCACUACCAGGAGGACGUCGAGCCUGUGGGCGGGCACUGGCAUGUCUUCCUCAAAGGUGUCCUGCAGCCGCAACUAGUGCUGACGUGCAGGGUGUGCAUGAGGCUUCGGCAAGACAUACUCGCACAGCCGCCGCCAGGGUCGGACCAGCAGAUCGUGCCGGUCCCUGCCGAGGAGCGCGAGCCAGUUCUAGGGCCAUCUGUGUCGAAGAGGGGCCGGCCUCGGAAGUCAGAGCUAGUAGAAGACCGCUGGAAUCUCCACGUCUUCGUGCGACUGCAUCGUGCCGACAUCUACUUCCAGACGCAGGAUAGCUUCAAGGCCCAGGUUUUCACCUAUCACUGCCGACCCUGCAAUCGGAACAUCUCCUUUCAGAGUCAAACCAAUCAGGAGAAGGUGCACCGGCACGAACGUGGAGUCUUUCACCAACGAGGACUCCUACGACUCGGCAUGGUUGCAGCUCCCCCUGAGGAGGUGGAGGCUGUGGAGGCUGAGCAGGCCCAGAUCGUCCUAGCCUCGCAGGAAUGCCAAGGUGUCUCUUCGAGCGACAACACAAUGCCGCUGCACCCGAUCCGUGAAAGCUUGCUGAACUGGGCUUGUGCAGGCCAGCCAUCCACCAUGUAUGCUGAGGGCGAGAAGGACCCUUUGGACCGCAUCGUUUUCCGAUUCCAGGAAGGGGUUGUCUGGGCACAAAGCAGGAAGUGCAGCGGCCGACAUGACGGGAGCGAGGGCUGCUGUGGCGAUUGCCGGAAGAUGGCCGGAAAUCGGGACAUGCAUCGGCACGUCUGUCGCAUGUCCUACCUGGUGGACUUGUGCACGCUGGCUCACAAGCUAUCGCAUUGCACGGAGGCUGAGAGCCAGGACUUCGUGAAGGUCAUAGAGGCCCGGGAGUACAUGAAGGCCGGAUACGCCGGUGACGACUUGAGCAAGUUUCUCAGGAAGAAGUCCCGGCUCGAGCAGGUGCGAUCCAUCACCCACAAGUUUGUGUGCAUUCCAGCCUGGCGGCUGGGCCCCUCCCUGAAGUCACUGAUCAACCAUUGGCUGCCGAGCACACCGACAUUCUGUGCAAGCGAUGUGGAGUCCUCUGCACACUCGUGCUUGGUGCAGCAGUUGUCUACGGCGGUGCGGGAUGGCCGCUGCCGGACAACCGACAUAGAGCUGGCAGCUAAGAUAGCCGCCGGCGGCCUUCGGGGCGAUGCUUUGGUGCAGGGGCUAGUCACCUCGUUCCUGUACACGUUCCGGACUGAUCUAGAGACCAGACGUUACAAGACCACGAGCCGCUUCCUGAGCGCCAUGGGUGCCACAGAAGAGGCCCUCCUGACACUAGGCCAUUCUGAGGACAUGAAGGAGCUCCUACAAAGGUUCGGCGUGAAUCGCCGAGCCUUGCCGACCUCCCGUGUGCUGGACCCCGUGCUUCCGCAGCCGUUCCUCAGCUUGCAGUCCACGGAGCAAUUGACCCGGGCCAUCACAUGCAUCAGUACUCAUUUGAAGCUUGGCUUGGAGCACAGGCCCUUCCUGAUGUUCGAUGAAACCGUCAUGGAGGCUAACUUCGAGUUGAUGAGGCUUUCGCCUCAGGAUGACGAGAAGUACAUAGGAGGCUAUUGGCACCGAUGUGCCGAGGAAUCCUAUGCGGUUCUAGAUCCAGCGACCCACAACAAGAGCAAUCUCCCGAGGGACAAGCUCUCGCGCCUGGCCCUCUGCUGUCUGCUCAAAAGAACCGACAGUAACAGGUUUGCUAUGUGCUGUGCCAUGGUGCCUCGCCCGAAAGGGCAAAGCACCGCUGCAGAAAUGCUAACAGCAGUCUGCCAAGUCUUGGACACAGCCACGAGCUGCCGGGGUGGAAUCCCACCCCAAGGAACGGUUUCAGACGCAGCGCCUUGCAAUAGCAUGGUGAUCCGUGCAUUCGUGGGGCAACUCCCGGAGCAGGCGAUGAGGGCUCACGCCUUUCUCAAGGAGUGCACAGUGUCGAGGAUGGGCUUGUCAUUUUGGCCGUAUGCUCUGGUGCGACACGGGGAGCAACAACACUUGAUCACCUCAUUCUUGGGUGGCCUGCACGUGCAAAAGCGCUUCGGAUUGCAGUGUCAGUCCGGAUGCAAGAAGGUCGUACUGGGCUCCCUCUUCGUCGAAGUGUCGAACAUGCUGGGAUUCGGCCUCCCCCCCAGGGCUUACACCCUGCACAGCCCCAUGUCGGAUCGGGACAGUGCGUGUCGGAUGGCCCCCUGUUACAUCGGCCGGACGUGGAUGGGCCUGGGGACCCACCUCUAUGCUCUGAUGGGAGGUCUCAUCGCAUCGUGCACGGUGGCAUCGGCAGCUUUCUCCAAAAAAGAACUUGUGCUGAAUGCAUUCACAUUGCAUUUCUGGUGUGUCCUGCACGCCGCUGGCAACAUGCAUGUCUACAAAAAGUCCUGGCAGCAGCACUCCAUCUCACUCACGACAUUGAGAAACAUUUCUCGAAUGGCCGCAGGUUCUGUGGCGACCGGGCUCACAGGCCUAGAGCCUGCUGCGUUGCAGGAAGGACGAAUCGAGCACCAUUUUAGCCUCAUCAAACGACAUGUGCCUGGGGCCGCCACUUUGAAAGAUUUGAUUUUGGGGACAGCUAGAGAGCACGGCCGACAGGCUUCAUUGCUGCGGGCGAGGUCAUGCGAGGAGCUGGCAACCACUUUCACGACGCAACCUCGAGAUCCGAUCAGUCUUGAAGAGCUGACAAAACUUGGGAAACAGGCGCUGGCCGCAGCGAUACAGCUUCAAUCCUGGAUCUCCACAGACCUCACCACCUCCGAGUGCUACGACCAGCUCCACACUUUCUGGCAUCGCAAGAACGGUGCCCAGCUGUUUGGAGAGUGCGAGCCCGACAAGCCCAUCGACGAAGAGGAGUCGGACGGAGAGGAGGACAUGACACCAGAUGCGGUUGAGAUCACGCCAGCAGCUGAAAACCAGGAUCCGCCUGCCGAGCUCUCUCAGGAUGUGGCAUGCCUCACCCGUGUGCAAGGGCGUGCAGCAGUCAUCGAGACCUUGGGCAAGACUUUGGAUAACCUUGCAGACCCGAAUGGCAAGGCCGAGGAGUCCGAUCAUGACGAGCCGGAGGCCAAGCUGGAUCAGAAGACUCUGGAUGAGCUGUUGCCAGCUGACCCCGAAGACGAUGCUGAAGCCAAGACCCCCAAAACUGUCAUCCAGCUUCUGCAACAGGUGUCGAAGGAUGGCGGGGCAGAGUUCGCCUUGGACGAGAAGUCCGGCCAAGGAGUCAAGGCAUGUCUUCGGCGAGUCGAGGCCAUGAUUGGGGGCAUCCGGAGAUUCACGAGGAUGGUUCGGCUGGAGGAGAACUUGCUUUCCUUGUCUGUGCUCGAACGAUCCCAGACACCAAUGAACGAGCACAACGCCCGCAUGCAUGAGCUGGGCCUGGCACGUCGUGCCCAUGGCCUGUGUCAGCAGCGAAUCUCACGUGCUGAAGCUUGGUCCAAAAGCCAGGCUCUGUUCAUGGACAAGAUCAAGGCUCAGAACCCCAAGGUGACAGAAGGCGACCCGGGCAUCACUGCACCCACAAGCUAUCGGAACGGCAAGAACCACAAGGAGCCACAGGUGUUGCUUUUGCAUGGUGGGUCGCCGGAACCAAGUGAGCUUCGUCUCGCCGUCGUUCUGGCAAUCUUUCGAGGCAGCAUCGUCCGCAAGCAGGGCUCGCCGCAGCUUGGCCAAAUUCGUGUCUCGAAGCCUGCCGCCGAUGACCUUCCUUGCUCAUGCACGAGAGUCGUGCAUGUCGCACCCUUGCAGUACAAUCCUGCCACCGGCGCCUGGGUCACAUCGUGCAUCGAGCAGCCUCUCGUCUUGGACCCCGUGAACUCCAUCUACGGCGAGGUUGCUACGGAGCAGGUGCAUGCAUCCCAGACACGCUUGCAUGUGGUUUUGUCUCCUGCCUCGGAGUUGGCACUCAGGAAAAUCAAGAGUGGGCAGAUUCCAUUCCCCGCAGCCGUGCCCAAGCUAUCCGAGACAGCAGGGUCAGCAGCAGCUCCGCCGCCGCCGGAGCCCAAGGAGAUGAGCUUCGAUGCCACCAGCUUCCCUCGGAGAAAGCUGGCCGAGAAUGUAUCCUUGUUCAUGGGUGGCCUCCGAAAUGCGUAUCAGGAGAAAGGCUGGGACAUUGUGGCAUCAGAUGGAUCGCUUAUGCUCGGCAAGGAGAAAUGGCAGUGGGACAAGGUGGUCUCAAGGGUCCCCGCUUAUUUCCUGCAUACUCUCAAGGAAUAUGUGGGCUUCAAGUUCAGCAGCCAAGUUCACAAUGUGCUGAUUCAGCACAUGCCCAAGAGUGAAUACUCCAAGAAGAACGUUCUCAACUGGCUGAAGCAGGUCGUUAGCCUUGCACCGCAGGUCGUGUUUCAUCCAUUUCAACUGCGUCGCUGCGAACUGAGGAUAUGCCCAGUUCUUCUGACCAAGCAGCGGAUGAAGAGACCUCAUCCGCAUUGCUGCGAGGUUUGGGACCAUUCCUGCUCGAUUUCUUGUCCUCUCGCCGACCCCAUCUGCAAGCUGUCGAAAAAUCGGCACUGGCCGCAGAUCUACUGGGCCAAAGUGCAUUGCUUGGAUACGAAAGCUCGCAGCCACCGCUCCUGCCAUGAUCUCUCCUUGUUGGGGGAAGAGGAACUGAACCUGAUUCGGCAGUGCACGGACAAGGCCUUCUUGGUUACGACCUUAACUGUCUUAGUGUUUCCCUUCGUCGUCCUAUGGCGCGUGCACGUUGGCCUCGGCGGCUACUUCUGCUUGUGCUGGCCACGGCUCUUGCGCAAGGAGGCGGACACACUUUUCGUGGAGCGCAUUGUCAGGAGGGCGCCCUGGGUGGAGAUAUCCGCCUUGGACAGACCGCUGGAAGAUGGCUUCAGCUCUGAUCAGGUCAGGGAUUUGCUGGACAAGCCGGCCAAAUCUGCAAACUCACUGCCACCAUCUGGAAUUCGAGUGUUUGGGGCAGAGCUGACCAAGCACAACAUUGAUAUCAUUGCUCACACAUUGCCUGCGCCACUUCCAUUUCCAGACAGCUCCUUCGACGUGGUGUUCUCAAGGUUCUCCCUAUACUACUUCCAGGAGCAGGCCCUCACCAAGGUACUGGCAGACAUCCGCAGAGUCCUCCGUCCAGAAGGAAGCUUGGUGUUCAUGAUAAAGACCAAGGAAAAUCUCGACCAACCAACAGGCAAGGUCUUGUAUCCCGUUGAAAAGUGGCUGCAGCUCUUGGUUAACGCAGGCUUCAAUGUAGCCAUUAAGGAGCGCGAGACCCGCCCCGAAGCAAAGGAUGCAGGUGAGCCUUGGAUUUUCGAGGCCCAGAGGGAGGAAGCGAGAGGUGACACCUCGUCCACCUGA